AAAUCCUUCAAUAUGUUAAGUACCUAUCUUGUCUGUUGUUGAAAAGAGGGCAAUGGCUUUUCCCAGGACAGUUUGUUAGAAUGACUAUGGAAGAAAUAUUUGAUCAAACAUCAUUGCAUUACAUUUUUGGAAGGAAUAUGGAAGAAGAUAUUAGCAAAAAACUAUGGAAAGACCUUAGAAGAGAAAUGAAAUCCACUAGUUUUCCUCCUGAAAUAAAAGAUGGAAAACUUAAACUGCGAAAUGAAUAUUCCGGAGUUAAUUUGGUUUUCUAUGCCCUUUUGAGAACAAAAAAAUUUGUUGGUGCUAGACAACUUGUUGAGAAAGGAUGUAUUGGAAUUAGACCAAUUCUGAUUGGCACAAGAACACUAGAUGAUUUGAAAAAAGAAUGGAGAGCAACAGUUGAUUUUCAGAAAGAAAUGGAAAGCCUGGCAGGGACUUUAAGUCAACAUGCUUUGAGUAUAAUAAACUACAUCCAGGAAAAAGAUGAACGCAAUAGACAUAUAGCCUUGGAAUGGAGAAUCAAAAAUUUAGCCACCAACACCAUUCAAAUAUCUUUCCAAGAAUGGCGAAGCAAAUUGAAACAGUUCUUUUUUAAUGAAGAUGAAAAGUCAAACAAAGUUGGGAGGCUACUUCUAAAUCAUGGUUACCUAGAAGCUGCCUACAAAACAGAGAAUGAAUGCUUCCUGGAGAAUGCUAAGCUUAAAACUAUGCUGAAGGAGAUGUGGUAUGGAGAAGGAUACAAGGAAAAGAAAUGUUGUGACAAAAUUUCAUACAUUUUUUUGAGACUCUUCCUGUGCAUUAUUCAUAUCUUUGUCAUGCCGGUAAUGGUUUUCUCACUGGGACUACCAUCAUGGUUAUAUCAAAAGUAUCAUGUCCCCAUCCUGAAACUGUGGAUCAACAUGGCAGGAUUAGUUUCGUUUCUAGCGGCUUUCGCCUACAUGCUUUUGUUUGAUUAUACUGAGAAUGGAAUAUCGCAGUCAGAGUACGCCGUUCUUUACUGGAUUACAAACAAAUAUCUUGAUGAAUUACACCAGAUAUUUGUUAUACGUUGUCGUAAAAGUAAGCGGAAGACCAGACGUGACAGAUAUUGUGAGUACAUAAAAAACAUUUGGAACUGGCUUGACUGGUUUAUUAUUAUCUUCUGCUUUGUGGGCUCUGCUGCCAAAUAUUUCGCAGAGAGCGAAUCCGUUCAAGGAUUUGCAAAGAUCAUGCUCAUUCUGUCAUUUAUUCUGCUAAACAUGCGAAUCCUGAAUAUGUUUUGGACUUAUGAGUUCCUAGGCACUCGACUCGUCAUCAUUCAGAAAAUGGCCGGAAUUACAGUUGCUUUCAUGGCGAUAAUGCUCGUUAUAAUGAUGUGUUACAACGUGGUAGACUAUGCCCUCCUGUACCCAAACACAGAAUUCACAUGGACGGAAAUUCAAAAUAUUGUAAAAAAUGGCUACUGGGCAUUGUAUGGAAAUUUUCCAGAAGAUGAUUAUUCUAAUUGCACAAAUAACGCAACGGGGUAUGAACAAGAACCGAAUCCAAGAUGUCCGACCUCAUUGGGGGAAGCCUUGUCUCCAUAUCUUAGAGCCAUAUAUGGCUUUGUGGCCAUUGUUAUGCUUUUGAACUUGUUGAUUGCAAUUUACACGAAAGCGUAUGAAAGAGUGGAUAGUAAAUCCAGAAUAUAUUGGUCACACCAACAGUCAGAAUUCCUUGAAGAAUACACAAUCAGAACUAUUUUUCCCGUCCACAUGAAGGGCCUUUGCUUACUUGUGCUUGCUAUUUAUUCCUUGGUUUUCUUGAUCGUUGGAAAAAUAAAGAAAGCUGGUCACGAGAAUCAACGAUUAAUGAGAGUUCUCUUCUUCGAUGAAACUUUUGAUGAUCUUCGAACGGAAUCGACUGAAGAAGAAAUAGAUGGAAUGUUAGAAGUGCAAAGGGACACAAAUACUUUGGAAUCUGAGGCUGAGGAUAUUUCUGUAAAGCAAAAAAGAGUGAGUGAACAAGAAAACACUGAUGUAAAGACUUCGAUAAAAGAUCUGAAUGAAAAGAUUCAAUUCCUGUUAACGGAACUGAACACCAUUAAGAGUCUUUCUGCACCUAGAGGAAUCUACACAUCUGUGAAAGAAGAUCAUUAGUUAUAACUCACAACAACUGGUGGCAUAAGAACUAUCCAAUGCUAAUAAUAGGAUACUACGUGUAGCAUUAUUUAUGUUUAGGAGUUGAACUGUCCUUUACCAUAUAAUGUAUAUUAACUUGUCUAUGAACAUAGUAUUUGUGAUAUCUGUGCAAAAAUACAACUAAUAUUAACUACAUAAAUGCUUUUAACAUAUCAAUAUAUUAUCCAUUUUAAUGUAACAAUUUUAAGAAAUUUAAUGUUUAGGUUUCAAUGAUUUAUUUAUUUCCCUUCUGUGUGUUAACGUUUGUGUUGUCACGUGCAAAUGUCCGCGUUUGAGUGUUUAAGUUUACUUGGUGUGACGUAUUUGAUCAUUUCCAGUUUAACUGGUUCUAUUACUGUUAUUAAAAUCCACUUGUGACGUCAUUCUUUUGUUUGAGAGCUCCAUUACUUUUCAGAAAGGGAGAGUUGCAAAUUUCAUUGAAAGCAGAAUUUCUUAUGAUUUUAUUCUCCCUUCCGUGCCUUUACCGAGGAAAGAACUUAGAAUUUUUUUGAGUAGAGUUUUAGAAAAUUUAAGAGUUUUAAAAUUUUAUUUCCAAUGGUAAGGAUCGAACACUGUGCCCUCCGUAUUGAUUUUGGGUACUCAUUUCACUAAGCUAUCGAAGAAUUUGAGAAACACUGGAUUAGAAUAACCUUAGUACACUUUUUUUCUCCUUACUUUCUAUAGUUUAUAAAAAAAAAUUAAUAUUACUAAUUUAUAAUGUCUAUUUAAAUUGUGUCAAAUAAAUAUUCUUCCUUUUAUAUUAA